AUGCCCCUUACAUUGGCGAUCAGUGGGAAGAAUGCCCCUUACAUUGGCGAUCAGUGGGAAGAAUGCCCCUUACAUUGGCGAUCAGUGGGAAGAAUGCCCCUUACAUUGGCGAUCAGUGGGAAGAAUGCCCCUUACAUUGGCGAUCAGUGGGAAGAAUGUUCCUUACAUUGGCGAUCAGUGGGAAGAAUGCCCCUUACAUUGGCGAUCAGUGGGAAGAAUGUCCCUUACAUUGGCGAUCAGUGGGAAGAAUGUCCCUUACAUUGGCGAUCAGUGGGAAGAAUGUUCCUUACAUUGGUGAUCAGUGGGAAGAAUGUCCCUUACAUUGGCGAUCAGUGGGAAGAAUGCUCCUUACAUUGGCGAUCAGUGGGAAGAAUGCUCCUUACAUUGGCGAUCAUUGGGAAGAAUGUCCCUUACAUUGGCGAUCAGUGGGAAGAAUGUCCCUUACAUUGGCAAUCAGUGGGAAGAAUGCUCCUUACAUUGGCGAUCAGUGGGAAGAAUGUCCCUUACAUUGGCGAUCAGUGGGAAGAAUGCUCCUUACAUUGGCGAUCAGUGGGAAGAAUGCUCCUUACAUUGGCGAUCAUUGGGAAGAAUGUCCCUUAC